AUGCAGAUGCAGGACCGUCUCGUCGACUUGGUCGAGGAGAACAAGGUGCUGAAGCAGCAGAUCCUGGUGCUGCGUGACUUGGAGAAGAAGAACGCGAGCGAGAUCGCCACGCUCAGGACCGAAGUCGACUCCUGGAAAGUGCAGGCCUUUCAAAUGGUGAGCAAGACGUCGGAGGCGGACGAAAAGUCGAUCCUCGAGUCGCCAGAGUACCGCAAGCUCGAGACCGAGCUCCAGCAGCUUCGCAAGCUCAAAGCACAAUAUGAGAAACAGAUAUCGGACCAGACGCAGCGAUUGACGGAGGUGGAGAGGCAGCUCAAGGUGAGCCAGGACAAGGAAAAGGCCCUGUACGACGCCGCCGAGAAGAAGUACCGGGACGAGAUCGCCGGCCUGCUGCAGCAGCUCAAGGACAAGGACGACGAAAUCAAGAAACACACCCUCGAAAAUUCCACCCUACUCGACAAGAACAAAGAGGCACGAGCGCGCGCUCGUGUCUCGCAACACGCGAUCGAGGUAUUGCGGGAGCAUGUGGAGGGCCAGCAGAACGAGAUCAACGUGUUGGUCGAGCGGGUCUCGCGACAAGCCUCGCUCCCCUCCCAGACGCGUUCCGUCACCGAGAUCCACGACAUCGAGGUCUUCCGCAAGAAGUUCGGCCUGCCCCCCACCGAAUUCUGCAUCGCCACCUUCUCCUCCACCAAGCUGGUGCUCGCCCUCGUCGAGAUCAAGGCCCUCCACAAGAUCAAGAAGGGCUUCAUACCCGGAACAGGAACUGUGGCCGAAAUCGUCACGCGCGAUGGCAAGAGGCACGAGCUGCGGGGCAUGAUGCAGCGCAAGGAGGCCCUGCUCGACAUCUACAGGCAAAUGGUCAAGUCCAAUAUACCGGUGAAGACCUACCGAGAUGGCAAGGAGGAGACCCUCAAGCUCAGCUGA